UUGAUAUUUUAAUUUUGAAUAGUUAAUUAAUUUCCCAUCAAGAACAGAAGUCAAAAACGUUGAUGGGUUCCAAGAUCACCUGUCUGCCACAAUAUCCCCCAUCCAGAACCUAUUUUUACCAAAAUACCCUCAAGAAACCCCACAACAAACCGAAACUUACCUGCAAGCAAAUCACAAUAUCCAGGGCUAUUUUCGUAACUUCACAACUCAAUCUCUGUUCUUAUUCUUGUCCAUCAGUGACUGCUUUCUUUCAGAUAAUCAGAUUUCCAAGAAAAUAAAAAACUAAAAAAGUAAACAAUAAAAUUAAAAAAAAAUAAAAAAUCCCCACUGUUCUUCAACACCCAAAAUUUCAGCUCACCUAAAAAUGCUGUUUCGUUUCAGAGCGGAGGCAAAAUGUCUAUGCACUUAAACCCCAUUUUCAUUCUAAUUUGCUUCUCCUCUCUCUACUUUCUCACUCUAGAAUCGUCACUGAUAAAACCCAUAACCCCACACGCUGCAAAUUCGACAAUUUUUUCAAAGAUUGUUCGGAAUUCGACAGAACCCGGAACGAAGAUACUUCAGGGUAGCAUAAAGUUGGAAUCUUUGCGGAGAUCCCAUGUAAUAAUCCGAGGAAACGCCACAAUUUCAAGCGAGAACAACACUUUUAGGCUGGGGUUCUUCGCCCCAAACGACGAAUCGGGUUGGUACUUGGGCAUCUGUUAUGCUUCCAUACCCGUACCCGUUUACGUCUGGGUCGGAAACCGCGAGAAACCCAUCGCGAAUCUGACGUCAGCCGCCGCAGAAAUCACCGAGGAUGGGAAAUUAGCUGUGGUGGACCAAGAUUCAAGAACCAUCUUCUGGGAAACAAGCAAUGCCGAAGAGGGAGCCGAUUUGGAGCUGUUGGAACAAGGGGAUUUGAUUCUGUCGAGCAGCGACGGCGCAAUCGUGUGGCGGAGCUUCGAUUUCCCGACGGACACGUGGCUUCCCGGCAUGAACUUGACGGCGGGGAAAAUGCUGACGUCGUGGAAGAGCACCGUCGACCCGUCUCCGGGUAGGUAUUCCCUGCGGUUGGACCCACCCGAUUACGGUGAGAUUGCGCUGUUUUACAGCGAAGAAGAUAGUACGUCGCCGAAUUCGUCGAAUUAUUGGACUACGGGUAAUUGGAAUGGGAAUGCAUUUGCAGGGGUGCCUCAGAUGACAAUCCCUUACAUUUACAGAUUCGAAUUCGUCGACCCUUUCACGCCAAUGGCAACUUUCGGUUACACCGAAGUGCCGCUCGAACGAGGGCUCAAGCCUCCGUUUACGAGGUUUGUGAUCAACCACAUGGGCCAGCUCAAGCAAUUCACUUGGUCACAACAGAGUGAAGUGUGGAACAUGUUUUGGUCGCAGCCCGAAUACGUGUGUAGAGUGUACAAUCUCUGUGGCGAUUUAGGUGUUUGUAACGGUAAUAAAUUGUCGAGCCCUUGUCAAUGUUUGAAUGGGUUUAGGCCUAACAACUCCGUUUCUUGGGAGAAGCAAGAUUUUUCGGAGGGUUGUUUGCGCGAAGGCGACAAAAUUUGCGGUGGGGGUGACACGUUUGAGGAAGUUGGUGCGGUGAGUUUCGAUAAGACGACGGUUGUGUCGUUUAGUGGAAGUAGAAGGGAGUGCGAGAGUUCGUGUUUAAAAAAUUGUUCUUGCAUUGGUUUGUUUCAUAACCCAAACACGAACGUGUGCAAGAACUUGUACGGUGCGCUUUUGAACCUGCGUAAUCUUACUUCGGAUACCACUAUCCAGGACAAAUUGUAUGUUCGAGUGCAAACGAGUAGCAGAAAGAAGACCAAGAAGACGAAAUUGUUGAUCGGAAUGAUUUGUGGUGGCAUUUUCGUGAUCGUGAUUGUAGGAGCUACGAACUUGUAUUUGCUUUUGAGGAGGAGGAGAAAUAGGAGAAAAAACGGAGGAGAGGAAGAUAUUGUGUUUCAAGUAACGAAUCUUCGAGUGUUCUCUUAUAAAGAGCUCCAUUCUGCAACUAAGGGGUUCUCUGUAAAACUCGGCCAUGGCGGAUUCGGGGCGGUUUUCCAAGGUGUGUUGUCCGAUUCUUGUUCGGUGGCAGUUAAGAGGCUCGAGAGGCCAGGUGGGGGUGAAAAGGAGUUUCGAGCGGAGGUGUGUACAAUCGGAAAUAUUCAGCAUGUGAAUCUUGUGAGAUUAAGAGGGUUUUGCUCGGAAAAUUCUCACCGUCUUUUGGUCUACGAUUACAUGGCGAACGGAUCUUUAAGUUCGUAUUUAAGACAAGGGUGCGAGAAUGUUCUUAGUUGGGAUGUGAGAUUCCAAAUUGCCCUCGGUACAGCUAGAGGGAUUGCGUCUCUCCACGAAGAGUGUCGGAAUUGUAUUAUACAUUGCGAUGUCAAGCCGGAGAAUAUUUUAUUGGUUUUGGUGACGAUGAGGGGGACUUGGGGUUACGUUGCGCCGGAGUGGAUUUCCGGCGUGGCGAUUACUUCGAAGGCGGAUGUUUAUAGCUACGGUAUGACUUUGUUGGAGUUGAUUGGGGGGCGGCGGAACGUGGAGGGGCCGCCGCCCCCCGAAGGGGGCGGUGGAGGUGGGGAGGGGGAGAGUUGGUUUUUUCCGCCAUGGGCGGCGCGGAGGAUAAUAGAUGGGGAUAUAGGGGCGGUGGUGGACAGGCGGCUCGCCGGAGUUUAUGAUGUGGCGGAGGCGGGGCGGGUUGGGUUGGUUGCGGUUUGGUGUAUACAGGAUGAGGAGUCGGCGAGGCCGAGUAUGGGGAUGGUGGUGAAGAUGUUGGAGGGGGUUGUGGAGGUGGCGGUGCCGCCGCCGCCGCAGCUGCUUCAGGCGUUGGUCUCCGGCGAGUCGUUUCGGGGGGUGGGGGUGGAAUCCGAUGGGCGGGGCCCCCGGGAUGACCGUGUCUCGAUUUUCGUGGAUUCUGAGGUCUCGGAAUCAUCGGCAUAAUGGUGAGUGAAUUUCAUAAAAUUUGUACUAGUGCUAAAGAAUAACCUCUAAGUUGCAUUAAUUAUUAUGAUUAUUAUUAAUUAUUAUUAUUAUUUAAAAAUUCUUUAUUAUAAAAAUAACUGAUAACUGAUCCUAUAAAUAGAAACUACCCACCACGUGUCUGAAUUCCAUGUUAUCUAUAAACAGUAAACCAACAGAAACCAUAUAAACACAAACAAACAAAAAUAGUAAUCAAGAAACACAUGCAUGCACAAUUAACCCUUUCUUGAAUUCCUCAAAGAACAAAAAAAAAAAAAAAGAAAAAAA